GAGCUCCAUGAUAACACAACCACUCAAUUGACUCGAAGUAGGGUGUAUGUUGGAUUGUAUGCCAAUGGAGGAGAUGUGUCUAUAUCUGGUGGUGUUACACUGACUGUAGACUUUGAUGGGUUCAGUCCUCAGUUUACCCUCAGCUGUAUCUCCACUGGUGGACCUGCUACCACUGUCAUGUGGACCAGAGAUUCCACCACUGUCACCCAUGGAACUGAGACUGUUUUAGUCAAUGCAACCACGGCAGAG